AGAUGGCGCUAAAUUCAUGGCCGACUGCUGUAUCUAAACUGAUAAAAGAAUAUUUUUCAUGUUAUCUUGUUAAACAAAGCCAUGUAGGCCUCAUUACCUUCACCAUAUCAUAAAGUCACAGCGUUCUCGAAAUAUUAUUUGACUGAGGUUUAUUUAAGUCACUAAACGUAUAUAUUCAGCUAUUUUUGCAUUAUCGCUCACAAUAGAGUCUUUUAAUAUUUAUAUUUCCAGAUUCUAAGAUGAAGCCUAGUCCUCCUUGGCCUUUCGACGUUGCUCAAAGAAAUCCAAGAACAUGGAAAAUCUCUAGCAAGAUUUGCAUAUCUCUUGUAGGCGCAAUUUCGAAAUUUUGGUGCAAUAUUUUAAAUAGAACAAAUUGUGUUGAUAUGGAUCAAUUAAUGGAUCUUGUUAAAAACCGAGACGAAAAAGUUGGUUUAAUUACUGUAAGCAAUCAUCACUCAUGUUUAGACGAUCCAGUACUAUUUGGUAAUAUGCCACUUAAUAUUCUCACAUUUACAAAUGACAAGAUGAGAUGGGCUUUAGGAGCUUCAGAAAUAUGCUAUACAAAUAAAUUGUUUUCCUAUUUUUUUGCUCUGGGAAGAGUUUUACCCGUUAUCAGAGGGAAUGGAGUUUUUCAACCUAGUAUGCAAUAUAUUUUGCAGAGACUAAAUGAAGGUAGUUGGAUCCAUUUGUUUGUUGAAGGUGGUGUUAAUGAGACGCACGAAAAGAAACGCAUCAAAUGGGGAGUUGGGCGUUUAAUUCAAGACGCCAAAACAUUACCAAUAAUCCUACCAAUCUGGCACUGUGGUAUGGACGAUAUACUGCCUAAUAAGGAACCAUAUUUUCCUCGUGUUGGAAAGAAAGUUACUUUAGUCGUCGGAAAGCCUAUUUAUUUAAGUGGUUUAUUAAGACAGCUUAGAGAAACGUCAAAGCAACCGCAACAAAUUUGGAAAGGUUUAGCUGACAAAAUACAAGAAGAAUUACACAAAUUACAAGACGAAGCUGAAAGAAUUCACUAUUGUGAUAGGUAA